AUGAGCACAUACAGAAUACAGACCGAGAGAGAGAUGUCAAUUAGUAAUAUUCUGCGUCUCCUGUUUCUUCUUCUUCUUCUUGUUGUGUCGUUUGAUGGACAAUUAGCAACACUUGGAUUUUGUCAAGAAACUAAUGAACUUAGAAGAGAUGAUUUCCCAUCUGACUUCGUUUUUGGUGCUGGAACUUCAGCUUAUCAGGUUGAAGGAGCCGUGGCAGAAGACGGAAGGAAACCCUCUGUAUGGGAUAUCUUCACUCAUGGAGGUAAGGUCAUUGACAAAAGCACAGGGGAUAUAGCAGCAGAUGGAUAUCACAAAUAUAAGGAAGAUGUGAAACUAAUGAGUGAUUUAGGACUUGAAGCUUAUAGAUUUUCCAUAUCUUGGUCAAGGGUCAUUCCAGAUGGCAGGGGAGCCAUAAAUCCGAAGGGCGUCGAGUAUUACAAUAAUCUCAUCAAUGAAUUAAUCAGUCACGGUGCAAUAAUCUCAUAAAUCCGAAGGGGAGCCAUAAAUGUUUGAUAGCUAUGUUUGGUUUCAGUUGAUUUUCUUCUUCUUCCCUUUAUCUUUCCCUUUCUAAGUACUAAGGAUUUUCAAUAUCUAGUAUGUAAACUUUGAGUGCUGCGUGUGGUGUUGUGUUACAGUUACGAAAAACGAUACACCGGGAGGUCAAUUUGAUCCAACUGGCUAUAUGCCCUCAAACCCGUCUGGCUUACAGAUGUUGCUUCAGUACUUCAAAGAGUAUUAUGGAAAUCCUCCUGUUUAUAUCCAUGAAAAUGGUUACUCGGCACCUAAGAAUGAGGAACUAAACGACAUUGUGAGAAUUGACUACAUGAAUGGAUUCAUCGGAAGCACACUCAAGGCAAUCAGAAAUGGAACAAAUACAAGAGGAUACUUUGUGUGAUCAUUCGUAGACGUUUUCGAGGUGCUGUUUGGAUACACCACUAGGUAUGGACUUGUUCAUGUUGAUUUUGAAGACAAGGAAUUGAAGAGGCAACCAAAAUCAUCUGCCCGCUGGUACUCGAAUUUCCUCAAAAACAAGAAGCACGAUUUGGUUGAUAUGAAGAUUAAGAAAGUACUCAGCCUUAGCAAAAAGUAUUCCUCCCAAUAGUUUUGUCCAAAACAAAAGAAUAAUAACAAAAAUACAGAAAAAUGAGGGGGCCAUGACAAGCCUUAACCACCGGAAAUUGAAGGAUAAAACCAAGAAGUGAAAACUAUAGACAGACCCAUUUUACAGAUUCUUCCCACUGUGAAACUCAUGCUCAAAAAAACACAGGCGCGCACCCAUUUUCUACGACAAAAUAUCUCCCAAACCCAUAAUUUCUGAAAUUAUAUUUCAGUCUUUUUUCUUCUUCUCCGAUUCGUAUCUCCCUACUGUUUUCGUCUCAGUUCUUCAUUGGAGCUUCAAUUCACGGGUAAAUCUCAACAUCUUCGUAUUUGGGGGUUGAAAGGGGAUCUGAGCAUCAUUUUGAGCUUCUGCAGUUGAACUGAAAUGGAGACAUCAAGGAUUGAUUGAAGCAGCGAUGACGAGAAUGGAUUUGUGGUGUUUGGGGGUUGAAUUUCAAGCCAAUUGCUUCAAUUCUCUCAACAACAACGAUUGAAUUUGGGUGUGAUUGCUUGUGGAUUGAUUGCAGGUGGUAUAAUUUGGGGUAUGUUGGUUGAAGAACUGGUGUUGUUCGAUGAUUUGACUUAGGGUUUCUUCCAUUGAUUCAUGGCUAUAUACGGGAAGUUUAAGCAACAAAUUUUGGGGAUUUUUGAAGUUAACUGAAACGGGUUUUAUAUGGAGUUGUUGGAUAAAUGAAAUGGAUCUGUUGGGGUUCAGUGUGGUGCUCGAUUGAGAGAGAAAUUAUGAAGGUAAUGGUGGUGUUUGCAGGUCAAAUUGGUGUUGAUUUCCGUCGAGUGUUCUCUGGAUAUAGACAGAGUUUGGUGGAGUUUUGGUUAUGCCAGAAAACCAGCUGAAAUAGAUGCCACUGUUGCUGUCAACUGGGGUUUUGCUGUGGCCUGAAAUUGGAGGUUUGUAUUUGAAAAAUCAACAGUACCUGGCAGAAACUAAAAUGGGAUUCUGGGGAAUUCUGGUUUUGAACUGAAAUUGGGGGUCUUUGGUUAAUUGAAUCGAUUCCGUGGAGAUGGGUUCUUACCCAUUUUUGUUCUUGAUUAAACAAUGGUUGUCGAAAGAAUUGCAGACACAAAUGGAGAAGACUCGAGCUUCAAAUCCACUGGUGGUUGUGCUAGACAUAUCUUUAGAUGUUGUGAACACGGGGAGUUGAAAAAGAUGGUGUCUGUCCUUCUCUACUACAUUGCUGAUGGAGACUGGAGUGAGCAACGAAGAGAGAGUUCGGCAUUUCUGUGCUUCAGAGACCAAGUCGAAGAUGCAAUGAAGCUGUAGCGACUCGAUGGGUGAUUGCAGGCAGCAGUGGUCUACAACAACAGCAACAACACAGAUUUGCGGAGGAUUUUUGGAUGUGGAUUAAAAUUGGGUUCAAUUGAGAGGUGGAGGAAUGUGAUGAUAUGAAUGCUACAAAAAAUGUCUAUGUUGUUAGCUAUAGAUUGUAUGGAUGAGUUGUGAAGAAGGUUUAAUUGCAGAUGAUGGUGUAAAUACAUGAAAGAAGAUGAUGGUGUAAAUACAUGAUUUUGACCAAGA